AUGACGCUUUUCGGCAGCGGGGACGCGGGCUGGAGAUAUCUGGACAUGGCCAGAGAGGCCAAGCCGAGCCGGGCCAGGCUGGGCCAGAAGAGGCAGCAUGGCAGCAGCCUGUACCAUGGUAACUGCGACCUGGAUUACGACUUCUGCAGGGAUGACUUCCCAUACCAGGUGUAUGAGUACCAGAAGAUUCCUCCCCUUAUUAACUGCAUCCCAGUCAAGACCAGACGAACUCACAUGGGAACAGGAUGCAAAAGCAGCCCAAGUCCACAGCCCAGGGCCAGGAGCAGCACCAGCUCCAUGGUGGAACGGACAAAGUUGCGGGCUGAAGAGCUGCAUUCCAUCAAGGGGGAGCUGAGCCAGAUCAAGGUGCAGGUGGACAGUCUGCUGGAGAGCCUGGAUCGCAUGGAUCAGCAGAGAGAGCAGCUGGCAGGGUCCAACGAGAGUGAGAGAAAGAGGUUAGAGACAGGGCCAGAGUCACCAUCCCCAGUGGAAGAGUGGUCACAGAGACAGGAGGGGAGGGGAGCUGAUGGGCACAGUGACCUGCGCAACAUGGACAGCACCGAGGAGAGCACAGACACAGAGGAGAUGACCUACAGAUAA